UUGCUGACGUUGCCCUCGAGCGCUGGUUAAUUUCAAACAAUUGGAGAAGCCUGAGAUUGCUGCAACUUCUUAUCAUUGAGAACACCACAUUUAAAUGGAGAAGGAAGGUUUAACCCAGAAUGCUUUCGGAUUGGUGUCUUAAUUAUUUGUUUUAAUAAAUAUACUCGGAGUGCGGGUAACCAUCACAUCUGUAGAUCAGGAACUUGAGCUCUAACUGCGGUGUGCUGUGAAUGCCCAACUAGCUUCCCGUGGACGGACGGAGUUGACAGCCAUGUCAGGUUUGGCGGUACAGGGCGGCGGCCUGCAGGGCUUAGGGGACGGCGACAUCUUGGACCCGCAGUUCCAGCAGCGGCUGGAGGACGCCCGUACCCUCAUCCGACAGGAGAUCCAGCGGGAGCUGAAGAUCAAGGAGGCGGCGGAGAGGCUGCGGCGCGCCGUGACCAACCGCAAGAGCGUGUCGGAGGUGGAGGGCCAGCUGAAGGCGUCCAAUCGCAAGCUGGAGCGGCUGCACUUGGAUUUGCAGGAGCUCCACUCCAGGGCCAUGGCCACGGAGAAGGACCACGCCACAGGGGCCGAGGCCCCCCAGGCCCCCGAGGUCCGCCGCUGGGAGGAUGUCACGUCCCCCCGCGCCGUCCGCGUCAACACGCUGAAGAAGCAGCUCACCAUGGAGGUCAAGGUGAAGCAGGGAGCGGAGAACUUCAUCCAGACCUACACCAGCACCUCGGUCAAGGACCGUAAGCUGCUGUGUACAGCCCAGCAGAUGCUGCAAGACAGCCGCACCAAGAUAGAGCUGCUCCGCAUGCAGAUCAUCAAGGUCGGCCAGCCCAAAGGAGAGCGCGACGCUGUGGACGGUGGUCCCCUUGAGAACAGCUCUCUGGAGGUGCGGGUGGCCGAGCUCAGGCAUCACCUGAAGAUCGAAGCCGCCGUGUCGGACGGCGCCAAGAACGUGGUGAGGCAGCUGAGCAGGCGCAAGGUGCAAGACCGCCGGCUCCUGGCCGAGGCCCAGGCCACCCUGAGCGAGUCCUGCCAGAAGGUGGACCUGCUGCACCUGUCCCUGGAGAAGCGCCUGGCGGAGCUGCCCUCGGACCACCCCAGACACGGCUCCAUCAAGCAGGACCUGACGCACGUCAACGUCAACGCCGUGCGCAGCAGCUCCCUGGACAGCCCCACUCGGCUCCACUCCCCCGGCCCCACCUCCUACGCCUCCUUCUUCAAGCCAGCCAGCCUCACAGGUCGUCUGGAGGUGUGUCUGAUGGGCUGCCAGGAGCUGCUGGAGAUCGUCCCGGGACGGGUCCAACAGGCCGGCAUGGCGGGCCCGCCGGGGAGCCCCUCUGAGGGCCGCUCGGUCAAGCUGAGGGCCGGCUUCUCUGGACGCGGCGCCAGCGGGAAGACCGCCAAAGCUGAUGAGCUUUCUUCGGAGAUCAGCGCUGUUCUGAAGGUGGACAACCGGAUAGUGGGCCACACGCCCUGGAAACCCCUGGGCAAGGAGGCCUGGGGACAGAGCUUCAGCAUAGACCUGGAGCGGUCCCGGGAGCUGGAGAUCGCGGUGUACUGGCGCGACUGGCGCUCCAUGUGUGGCGUGAAGUUCCUGCGCCUGGAGGACUUCCUGGACAACCAGCGGCACGGCAUGUGCCUGAGCCUGGAGCCCCAAGGCAUGCUCUUCAUCGAGGUGACAUUCAUUAAUCCGGUCAUCGAGCGACGUUCCAAGCUCCAGAGGCAGAGGAGAAUAUUCCCUAAAGAAAAAGGGAAGAACUUCCUGCGGGCGUCUCAGAUGAACAUGAACUUCACCACCUGGGGACGCCUGAUGAUCAUGAGCAUCCUGCCCCCCUGCAGUUCCCUGGAAGCCCUCAGCCCUCCCUUCAUCGGCGGGGGCACCCCAGCCAAGGCGGGCCGCCCGGGAGAGCCCGCCGUCACCAAGCUCAACUUCAACGAGGAGAGUCCCCCUUCCUCCAGGGCACCGAGCAAGGCCGCCAGGAACACACCGACGUCGACCUUAGACGAUGCCGAGAACGAGUUCCAUGAUUCCAAGGAGAACCAACGGUUCACUCCACAAUCUUUAAAGCGUAAAAAGGGGAUUCAGAUGGAAGACUUCUGCUGUAUAUCAGUUCUAGGAAGAGGCCACUUUGGAAAGGUUCUGCUCGCGGAACAUAAGCGCUCCGGGAAAAUGUACGCCAUCAAGGCUCUGAAGAAGGGUGACAUCAUGACACGCAAUGAGGUUGACAGCCUGCAGUGUGAGAAGAGGAUCUUCGAGGCGAUCAACGUCGCCCAGCACCCCUUCCUGGUCAACCUGCACGGCUGCUUCCAGACGGCCGAGCACGUGUGCUUCAUCAUGGCCUACUCCGCGGGAGGAGACCUCAUGACGCACAUCCACAACGGCGUCUUCAGCGACAAACAGACCCGGUUCUACUCUUCCUGUGUACUACUGGGGCUAGAGUUCCUCCACGCCAACAGCAUCGUGUACAGGGAUCUGAAACUGGAUAACCUGCUGAUGGAUGCGGACGGCUUUGUCAGGAUAGCAGACUUUGGUCUCUGCAAGGAAGGCAUGGCCCACGGGGACCGGACCACCACCUUCUGCGGCACCCCUGAGUUCCUGGCCCCCGAGGUGCUGACGGAGAACAACUACACCCGCAGUGUGGACUGGUGGGGGCUGGGAGUGCUGAUCUACGAGAUGCUGGUGGGAGAGUCCCCCUUCCCUGGUGACGACGAGGAGGAAGUGUUUGACAGUAUCGUCAACGAUGAGGUGCGCUACCCCCGCUUCCUGACGCCUGGAUCGGAGGAGGUCAUUCAGAAGCUGCUGCAGAAGGAUCCGGAGAAGAGGCUUGGCGGAGGGGAGGGCGACGCCCAGGAAGUGAAAAGACACAAUUUCUUUCGGGGGAUGGACUGGAACGCUCUCCUGGCCAAGAAGUUGAAGCCCCCGUUCGUCCCGGUCAUCAAGACCCCGGAGGACGUGAGCAACUUCGACGAGGAGUUCACCCACCUGAAGCCGGUGCUCACGCCGCCACACACGCCCUACGUCCUGAGCCGCGAGGAGCAGGACGUCUUCUCCGACUUCGACUUCUCCUCCUUGAGCUGACUCCCCCCGACCCUCUGACCUCCCACCAGCUCCUCCUCUUUCGCCUCGUAGCCUUUACGUCUGAGGACUUUGUCUCUGUGGUUGUUGUGUCCCCAUCUUUAUUUUUUUUAACAUCUUUUAUAACAUAGGGAAGAACUCAAAGGCUGCUUUAGUUUGGGUGCUGUUGGUCAAACUCCAUCCUCAGGGAUUCGAUCAAUCAAACACUACAAUGGAGUGACAGUGAUGGCCCCAAACACGCGAUGCUAUUGUUGCUGAUUGGUUGAAGGGGCCAGGAGUCAAUGCCGCACCUACUGUAGUUUGUUAGUUUGAAUAUCUUGUUAAUAUAAAAUGUUUGUCUUAAGCUUUACUACGCUUUGUAAAUAACCCUGCUUUCUCAUGAAUUGUACAGUCUACAUUUAUAAAGAAUUUGUUAUAGAUGUCAAAGAUAUGUACUUGGGCGUUGGUCUGCUUAUUGUUGAAUUUGUAACUUUCAACUAGUUUUUAGCAUAAUUUGAAUAGUAUGUAAUGUCUGAAGUGCCCAUAUAAAAAUCAACAUGACAAAUAUUCUAAAAUGGGCCAAUACUGCCUCCCCUAUAACACUAGACAUUUAUAUUGGUUUACAAAGAAGUUAGAUGUCAUCUGAAUGUUGAAUUGUAGGUCAUAUUGUUCUAAUGUAUAAUAUUUGAAUAUUAUGUAGUGGACAACUAUUGGUAUUCAAUUCUGUCGUACUUGUUGGGCAAAUUUGAUCGGCCAGCACCUGAAAUGUAGCUAACUAUUGUGUUUCAAAAUGCCAUGAAAGACUAUUGAUUUAAUCAAUGAAGGGAAAUCGAAAUAAAUUCUGAUCCAUCAAA